AAGACCAAUAAGAGCUUUACUUCCGACCUGCGGCAACCAACCACACGACCCAAAACUUUUGCACGGGAGGCGACAGUCGUGGGUCGGUGUUGUCACUUCAGAGAAGACGUGAGGACGCUGUGGACCUUCCAAGGCAGGACACGACAUGGACUUGUGGACUGUGACAGGAGGCCAUGAGCUGACUUUUGGAACAUCAGUGCGCGCGAAGUGAAGAUAGGAAGUUUGCAAGCGCGUGUGUGUGUGCGCGCGUGCGUGUUCCUAGCCAGCAGAGGAGGAUGUCGGGCCGAAGUGGAGCAGCUCCUCGGGUCUGCAGCAACCCCAACCUGAUGCUGCUGCUGCCCCUCAGGGCCACGGUGCCCUACCAGCUCCUCCUCGGCAGGGAGGGUAAGACGGCUGAGAGGAGUUCGUCCCGCCCGCCUAAGCCCACCAUGCGGCGGACCCUGUCCCUGGACGCCAUCGUGGCGCCCUACUUGCAGGGCCAGUGGCCCAAGGAGGCCGAGGGCCCGGCUGGGACGCUCGUCAGCGACAAAGCCACCCAGACUCCAAACUGCUGGGCAGAGGAGGCCCAGUCAAGGAGAAGCCUCGGGGGACACAAGCGCUCGGCCUCAUGGGGCAGCGCGGAGCACCUGAAGGAGGUGGCUAAACUGAGACAGCAGCUGCAGAAACGAUCACGCCACGCCGCUCCUUCUGCAUCGGGACACGAGCUGACGCAUCAUUCCCUGCCAGGAAGUCACGCGGCAGGCGUUACGCAGACGACGCCACUCGUGCCACUGAACAGGCUGGCCUCACGGCUGCGGCGGAGCGUUGAGGGUCUCAACCUGGAGCUGGAGGAGGUGUUUGUGUCGGAGAAGCGCGACGACCAACACCAGAUUUUGGACAUCCCAGAUGGACACAGGGCUCCUGCUCCGUUGCAGAGAUGCAGCAGCGGCUCCCAGAGUGAGUCGUCUCCUGGGCCCUUGGACCCGUCCUUGUUGUCUCCCUCUCAGUCGCCGUGUCGUAUGGAUCCAUCCCUUUUGUCGCUGUCUGAUUCGCCAGAUCCCUUGAACCCGUCACUUUUCUCCCCAUCCCAGUCACCGUCCCCCAUUGGAGAGCAAGAACCUUCUGCUUGUGACAUCCUGUGUCCAUCUCCUUCCACGCUCUUCGCUCCUUAUGGAGCCGAUCCUCCUCUGCUGCAACCCUGCUCGCCUUCGCCGUGUCCCAACCAAAGCUUCUCCUUCCAGCGUCAGCCGCCGGAAGGCUGCGAGCGAGUCCGAGUGUGCGAGGAAUCGAUGUCCGCCUGCCGCGACGAGCCUCUCCUCCAGCCGUCCUGCCCGGACCUCAACAAGGUCAACUUCACCCCGCACGGAGGCUCAGCUUUCUGCCCCGUCAGCCUCCUGAAGCCCCUCCUGCCCUCCAUGGACCUUCUCUUCCGCGGUCUGUCCGUUUCCCCCGUCACUGGCUGCCCGGGUCAGGCCUCUCCCACCAGGCAGCUGGGCAUGCAGUGAGGGCCAAUGUGGAACCUUGCAGGACUAAACCAGUUUGAGCGUGACAGGUGGGGGGGCAGGGUUUACCUGUCUUGCCACCGCGACCAUCACAUGGCAUGAACAGCCUUUAGUGGGAGCUCACUCUGCUUUAAUUGGAUAUUGAUCUGAUUUGGUACCCAAGACUGUGGAACGUGUUGGGGGGUGGGAGACCAGCAGCACCGCUUUGAUAUAUAUGAAUAUUAAUGAUGUUUUCAUUUUUAAUGUCUAAAAAAAAAAAAAAAAAAAAAAAAGAAUGCCGUCAAAUACCCGAGCACUUGCAACAUGUUGCAUCAGUGGUCAUAUUUUCCCAACAUUACAAUUGGUACUUAUGCAAAUUCUGUCUUGACAUUCACAGGCUUCACGGUUGAAUAGCCCCAACAUUUUGUGAUUUAUUACUGUGUUAAUGACUUUUCAAUGAAUACUUUUUAUUACUUUUUUUAAUCUCACAGGACAAAUCAACUAAUUUCUCUGUUUAUAUGAUUUUUAUUAGCUUUAGUCACCCAAAGAGGACUUACUUCAAACCAAAACGCUGCAACAUUGGGAGUUGAUUUACACUGAAUGUUCAAUUUUCUGUGCUUCUGUUUGGCGUUUGAACCGCACUGACAGGGGUCGUGCUCCAAAGGUCAUUGUAUGCAUAUAUACAGUGACAAUAAAAGCUUUUUAUUUUA